GGGAACCUAUGUGAUAACCUAAAUUGUAAGAUUCCUAUCUUGCAUUGUCAGUUCGCCUUUACCUUACCUGCCAUACUGCAGGACAUCAUAGGUCUAGCUCUCAUUCCUUUUUCCUCCCUCCUGUCACUGUACAGUAUAGCCUAGAGCAGAAUGCAGAUCUUUGUGAAGACACUGACUGGCAAGACGAUUACGUUGGAAGUGGAAUCCUCUGACACAAUAGAGAAUGUCAAGGCAAAAAUCCAAGACAAAGAGGGUAUUCCUCCGGACCAGCAGCGUCUCAUCUUUGCUGGCAAGCAGCUCGAGGACGGGCGCACGCUAGCAGACUACAACAUCCAGAAGGAGAGCACAUUGCACCUCGUGCUGCGUCUGAGGGGCGGCAUGAUGAUCAAGGUGAAGACGCUCACGGGCAAGGAGAUCGAGAUCGACAUCGAGCCAUCCGACACCAUUGAGCGCAUCAAGGAGCGGGUGGAGGAGAAGGAGGGCAUCCCGCCGGUGCAGCAGCGCCUCAUCUUUGCGGGCAAGCAGAUGAACGACGACAAGCAGGCCAAGGACUACAACAUCGAGGGAGGCUCCGUGCUGCACUUGGUGCUCGCUCUGCGUGGUGGCUUGUAAACGGCAAUUGUACGGCAUCUUGUACGGCACAUGGAAGGCUAUGCGUCUGUGCGUUGCUGACGACUAUGAAAGCCUUGCUCUUCCCACCUGCGGGUUACCAUUCUGCAUGCAGCAGGGAAGCAUGUAAGAUACCCACCACAGCGUGUAAUGCAACCCGGCAUGGCAAGAUACGUUCCUCUCAAUAGUACAGCGUAUGUGGCGUGCGCACUGAAGUGCAUGGAUCAGCGGUAGAAGGAAUGCAGGAUGGACUCUGGGGGUUUGGUGCAGGAGUGAUGGUGCAUUCCCUCUCUGUUGGGCAUUGCUUUGGUAGUAAAGGGUGCGAAGGCGUGGAAUUUGCAGAUAGCGGUGUGCUGCUGACGGUGGGGCGUGUAGUGCCAACAUUGGAAACAGCUGCCGUACGUAGUUAUGGGUGUAUGACGGGCUAGGCAGGUUGCGCGAUUAUAGUUCGACGACAGGUCAAUGGCGGAUGAUCUCCCACCUGUAAGUGAGUUCUUCAUUUAUGGGGUGAUGGCUCUUGAUGCGGA